AUGGAGUUGCCUCGAAUUAAAAUGCAAAAUGACAAGACAGAGAGGUAGAUACUAAUAAUCAACUCUCUCCAACAGGAAAGAGAUAAUUUCUCACUUUAUCAGAAUUAGAAGUUAUCUUAAUCUUAUUUGCAUAAUGCUUAGCACUUAGAGGAUUCUGCUCAUUCUAUUCUAGACCCUAAAAGAGAGAGAGAUAACUUAUUCAAAGGCAAAAGUGUAUUUCUUGAAUACCUCAUGCUCAUGAAUCCUAGAGAUCAGAGAAUGCUUAAAGAAAAAGAUAGUAAAGAGAGAUUUUAAUAAUUACCAUUGAUAAAAGCAAAAUAUUAGUAGUUAAGAGAACUUAGUCCUCCUCAGCUUUUUAGUAGCGAUUCAAAGGAGAGUCUUACAAGAAAAAAAGAAAAGAAAUCUCAAGCAAGAUAAUUAGAAUAAAACAGAGAACUUAUUAAACACAAGAUAAAGCAUUUGAUUACUGUUGCUCAUGAUUAAUUGUAAUUGCAGUAGGAUAGCAUAGAUAACUUAAAGGUUGGAGGUCGUAAAAUAAAUCUGAGAGGACCAAUAACAUAUAAUCUGAAAACAAGAUCAAGAUAAGAUGAAUAUAUUCAUGAUCUCUAUUCGAAUAGACAGGAAAGAGGGAAAUACAAGAAAUCAAGAAGAAGAUAUGGCGUCCAAUAAACUUGUAAAGAAAUCACGAAAACAGUUUCUAAGUUAGAAUAACAGUUACAGAUAGGAGUUUAGCAGUUCAUAAUUAUCCGAUACUAAAAUAGAUAUUAGUUUGGAUGA